CUUUCCCGUGCUUUCAGCUUAUGGGCGGGGCAGUGCCAGGCAAGAGAGGCCUUAGUAAAUGUUAGUUGAGAUAGUAAAUGCCAGAUUCGGCAGGGAAAAUUCAAAGGGAAGCAUGAGCGCGGGUGUCAAUUCUCUCAAUGAAUAAGUCAAGAAAUAUUUACUGAGCUUCCAGUGUGCCAAGCAUGGGCGGUAUACAGUAAACAAAGAGAACCCCUAUUCUUAUUACCAUGCCUACUGAGUGCAAGGCCAGGAACUGUGUAAGCAGACUCUCAGAGGAGCUCUGGGAAACACUGAAAAACAGCCUCUCCUCCCCAUUGGUGAGUGUACCCUAAGUUGGUCUGAGUGGGCUUUAAAAGGCAUCCCCUUGGCCAGGCACGGUGGCUCACGCCUGUAAUCCUAGCACUUUGGGAGGCGGAGGUGGGCGGAUCGCCUGAGGUGAGGAAUUCGAGACCAGCAUGGCCAACAUGGAGAAACCACAUCUCUACUAAAAAUACAAAAAUUAGCCGGGUGUGGUGGCGCACACCUGUAAUCCCAGCUCCUCAGGAGGCUGAGACAGAGGAAUCGCUUGAACCAAGGAGGCAGAGAUUGUAGUAAGACGAGAUUGUGCCACUGCACUCCAGCUUGGGCGACAGAACGAGGCUCUCUCUUAAAAAUAAAAAAUAAAAGGCAUCCCCUUGACUCCUUCCCCUCCAGCCCUCACAUUGUGGCUCUAUGCUGGCUCUACUGUCUUUGUACCAUAUCUUAGUGACUGUUGGGCAAACACAUUUCAUUCAGAUCAUUGUUGAAAAUGGGCAAUUUAGAGUAGGUGGAGGUAUGCCAAUAUGGCUUUCCACAUGUAACCAGUGUGGCAGCCACCCAAUGACCAGAGAAUGCAGAGUUGGUGAUUCUGUCUUCCGGGAAGGACAGUUCUACAGUGAUCCAGGCAAAGUAGAUUGGUAACUUCAGGUCGCUUGGAGAUUUUAUUAACAUGUAGGUUCUGAAUCUGUGGGGUGGGGUGGGACCUGAGAUUCUGCAUCUCGACAAGUCCCAGUGUGUCCAGAAUUGGUGGGUUCUUGGUCUCACUGACUUCAAGAAUGAAGCUGCGGACCCUUGCGGCUGCCAGGAUGGAAACUAACUACCUGAAGAGGUGCUUUGGAAAUUGCCUGGCCCAGGCACUGGCAGAGGUGGCGAAGGUUCGGCCCAGUGACCCAAUAGAAUACCUGGCUCACUGGCUUUAUCAUUACGGGAAAACAGCAAAAGCAAAAGAAGAGAAUAGGGAAAAGAAGAUCCAGCUGCAGGAGGAAUAUGACAGUAGCCUCAAGGAAAUGGAAAUGACAGAAAUGCUGAAACAGGAAGAGUAUCAGAUUCAACAGAACUGUGAAAAGUGUCACAAGGAACUGACUUCUGAAACUGUUUCCACGAAGAAGACCAUAUUCAUGCAGGAGGACACAAACCCCCUUGAGAAGGAGGCCUUGAAGCAGGAAUUCCUGCCAGGUACUUCCAGUCUGAUUCCAGGAAUGCCUCAACAGGUUCCUCCUUCAGAGUCUGCUGGCCAGAUUGACUGGAACUUCAAAAUGCCACAAGAAAUAAAUUACAAGGAGGCUUUUCAGCAUGAAGUUGCUCAUGAAAUGCCUCCUGGCUCCACAUCUCCUUCUUAGGUUACCAGAAGGUAGAUGCUUCUGAUUUACUUCUCUCAAAGCUGGAAGCCAAGAAAAUGGCCAGCUAGCACCAAGAUUUAAGGGGCUGUAAAAGGAGAGUUCAGGGACUCUCCAGCCUACUCCUCUUCUGAAAAACCCUUAAUCAUGUGAAUAUUUGAACUAGUUAUAGGA